CUCCGUCCCGGUGCUUUGUUCGCUGCCCGCGCGGGUCGCUGGGCGCCGGGCGGCCGGGGGCGGGCGCGGGCCCCCGGGGAGGGGGCGGUGCUGCCCAAGGGUCCCGCCCCCGCCCCGCCCCCACACCGCCUGCGCGCCAGCUGCCUCCUGGAGCUGUGUCCUGUCCUGUCCAGUCCCGUCCCUGGCGCGGCCCGGCCCGCGCCCUCUCUCCGGCCGCCUCUCGCCGACCUCGGCUGCGCCAUGGCCAGCCUGCGUCCAUUCGGCCCGGCCUCGCUGCUGCCGCUGCUGCUGCUCUUGGUGGUAGCCGCGCGCGCCCUGCCCGGCGCCGGCGGGACGUGCCCGGAGCGCGCACUGGAACGGCGCGAGGAGGAGGCGAAUGUGGUGCUCACCGGCACAGUGGAGGAGAUCCUCAACGUAGACCCGGUGCAGCACACUUACUCCUGCAAGGUUCGGGUCUGGCGAUACUUGAAGGGCAGAGACCUGGUGGCCCGGGAGAGCCUGUUGGAUGGGGGCAACAAGGUGGUGAUCAGUGGCUUUGGAGACCCCCUCAUCUGUGACAACCAGGUGUCUACAGGGGACACUAGGAUCUUCUUUGUGAACCCUGCACCCCCAUACCUGUGGCCAGCUCAUAAGAAUGAGCUGAUGCUCAACUCUAGCCUCAUGCGGAUCACCUUGCGGAACCUGGAAGAGGUGGAGUUCUGUGUAGAAGACAAACCCGGGACUCACUUUACCUCAGUGCCUCCAACGCCUCCUGAUGCCUGCCGAGGAAUGCUGUGCGGCUUUGGUGCUGUGUGCGAGCCCAGCACAGAGGGGCCAGGCCGGGCCUCCUGCGUGUGCAAGAAGAGCACCUGCCCCAGUGUCGUGGCACCUGUGUGCGGUUCAGAUGCUUCCACCUACAGCAACGAGUGCGAGCUGCAACGGGCACAGUGCACCCAGCAGCGGCGUAUCCGCCUGCUCCGUCGUGGACCCUGUGGGUCCCGUGACCCUUGCGUCAACGUGACCUGCAGUUUCGGCAGCACUUGUGCGCGCUCAGCAGAUGGGCUGACAGCCUCGUGCCUGUGCCCCACAACCUGCCAGGAUGCCAGUGAGGGCACAGUGUGCGGCAGUGAUGGUGCUGACUACCCCAGCGAGUGCCAGCUACUGCACCGCGCCUGCACCAGGCAGGAGAACAUCUUUAAGAAGUUCAGUGGCCCUUGUGACCCUUGCCAGGGCACCCUCACCGACCCAAGCCGCAGCUGCCGUGUGAACCUGCACACACGAUUGCCAGAGAUGUUCCUGAGGCCAGAAAGCUGCCCUGAUCGGAGGUCACUAGUGUGUGGGGACGAUGGGGUCACCUAUGAAAAUGAAUGUGUCAUGGGCCGCAUGGGUGCUGCUCGAGGCCUCCUCCUUCAGAAAGUGCGCUCUGGCCAGUGCCUGCCUCAAGAUCAGUGCCCAGAGGUCUGCCGGUUCAAUGCUGUGUGCCUGUCCCGCCCGGGCCGCCAACACUGCUCCUGCAACCGUGUCACCUGUGAUGGGGCCUACAGGCCCGUGUGUGCCCAAGAUGGGCACACAUAUGACAAUGACUGCUGGCGCCAGCAGGCUGAGUGUCGGCAGCAGCGUGCCAUUCCCAGCAAGCAUGGGGGCCCGUGUGACCAGGCCCCAUCCCCGUGCCGUGGAGUGCAAUGCACAUUCGGGGCGACGUGUGCUGUGAAGAAUGGGCAGGCAGUCUGUGAGUGCCAGCAGGCAUGCCUGGGCAUCUAUGACCCUGUGUGUGGCAGUGAUGGCAUCACAUAUGGCAGCGCAUGUGAACUGGAAUCCACAGCCUGUAUCCUCGGGCGGGAGAUCCGGGUGGCCCGCAGAGGACCCUGUGACCGCUGUGGGCAGUGCCGCUUUGGAGCCCUGUGUGAGGCUGAGACUGGCCGCUGUGUGUGCCCCUCUGAGUGUGUGGCCUCAGCCCAGCCUGUGUGUGGUUCUGACGGGCACACGUAUUCCAGCGAGUGUGAGCUGCACGUCCACGCCUGCACACGCCAGAUCAGCCUGCAUGUAGCCUCAGCUGGACACUGCCAGACUUGUGGAGACACAGUGUGUGCCUUUGGAGCUGUGUGCUCAGCUGGCCAGUGUGUGUGUCCCCGGUGUGAGCACCCCCCACCUGGUCCUGUGUGCGGCAGUGAUGGUGUCACCUACAGCAGUGUGUGUGAGCUGCGGGAAGCUGCCUGCCUCCAGCAGGUGCAGAUCGAAGAGGUCCGGACAGGGCCAUGCGAGCAGGCUGAGUGUGGCUCUGGUGCCUCUGGCUCUGGGGAGGAUAGCGAGUGUGAGCAGGAGUUGUGCCAGCAGCACGGUGGCAUCUGGGACGAGGACUCAGAGGAUGGGCCAUGCAUCUGUGACUUCAGCUGCCAGAGUGUCCUGAGGAGCCCGCUGUGCGGCUCAGAUGGGAUUACCUACAGCACCGAGUGUGACCUGAAGAAGGCCAGGUGUGAGUUGCAGCAAGAGCUGUAUGUUGCAGCCCAGGGAGCCUGCCAAGGUACCACUUUGGCCCCACUGCCAUCUGUGGCUCCCUCACACUGUGCCCAGACCCCCUAUGGCUGCUGCCAGGACAACAUCACUGCUGCCCAGGGUGUGGGCCUGGCUGGCUGCCCCAGCGUGUGCCAAUGCAACCCACAUGGCUCCUACAGCAGGACCUGUGAUGCAGCCACAGGACAGUGCUCCUGCCGCCCAGGUGUGGGUGGCCUCAGGUGUGACCGCUGUGAGCCUGGUUUCUGGAAUUUCCGAGGCAUUGUCACUGAUGGCCGGAGUGGCUGCACCCCCUGCAGCUGUGAGCCCCAGGGAGCUGUGCGGGAUGACUGUGAGCAGAUGACUGGGCUAUGCUCUUGUAAGCCUGGUGUGGCCGGCCCCAAGUGCGGGCAGUGUCCAGAUGGCCAUGCUCUGGGCCCUGCUGGUUGUGAAGCAGCCCCCUCGGCACCCAAGACCUGUGCGGAGAUGCACUGUGAGUUUGGUGCUUCCUGCGUGGAGGAGGCUGGCUCUGUCCACUGUGCUUGCCCGAUACUCACCUGUCCUGAGGCUAAUGCCACCAAGGUCUGCGGGUCUGAUGGAGUUACCUACGGCAACCAGUGCCAGCUGAAGACCAUUGCCUGCCGCCAGGGCCUGCACAUCUCUGUCCAAAGCCUCGGCCCAUGCCAGGAGGCUGUCGCUCCUGGUGCCCACCCAGCACCUGCACCCGUGACUACCUCGGGGCUUGUCCUGAGUGAGGCGCUGCUGCCUCCCCCCAGCACCCUCCCCCUGGCUCCCAGCAGUACCCCCCACAGCCAGCCCACCCGUCCACCCCCACCACGGCCUUGGACCACUGCCAGCAUCCCCAGGACCACCAUGCGGCCCAUGCUGACUGCGCCCCCCACAGUACCCUCCCCUGCACCCAGCCUUGCCACAUCCGCCUUUGGAGAAUCUGGGAGUGCUGACGGAAGUGGAGACCAGGAGCUGAGCGGGGACCAGGAGGCCAGCGGGGGAGGUUCUGGGGGACUUGAGCCCCCUGAGGGCAGCAGCGUGGUGACCCUGGGGCCACCCAUAGAGAGGGCUUCCUGCUAUAACUCGCCUUUGGGCUGCUGCUCAGAUGGGAAGACGCCCUUGUUGGACGCAGAGGGCUCCAACUGCCCUGCCACCAAGGUGUUCCAGGGUGUGCUGGAGCUCGAGGGGGUCGAGGGCCAGGAACUGUUCUACACGCCAGAGAUGGCAGACCCCAAGUCAGAGCUGUUUGGGGAGAUGGCCAGAAGCAUUGAGAGCACACUGGAUGACCUCUUCCGGAACUCAGAUGUCAAGAAGGACUUUCGGAGUGUCCAUCUGCGGGACCUGGGACCUGGAAGAUCAGUCCGAGCCAUUGUGGAUGUACACUUUGACCCCACCACAACCUUCAGAGCACCGGAUGUGGGCCGGGCCCUCCUCCGGCAGAUCCAGGCAUCCCGGCGAUGGUCCCUGGGGGUGAGGCGCCCCCUGCAGGAGCAUGUGCGCUUCAUGGACUUUGACUGGUUUCCUGCCUUCUUCACUGGAGCCACUGCAGCUGUGACCACAGCCAGAGCUACCACUGGGGCCCGCCAGCCCUCUGUCGUGACCCCUCGGGCCUCGUUCCCCAGUCAUACCAGCCGCCCAGCUGGCAAGACCACCGCCCUGCCCACCACACGCCGGCCCCCACCAACUGUCCCCAGCCAUGUGCCAGGACGGCCUGAGCAGCCCCCAAGGGCCUGUGACUCCCAGCCCUGCCUCCAUGGAGGGACCUGCAGAGAGCGGGACUCUGGCAGGGACUUCUCCUGCAGCUGCCCUGCAGGCAGGGGAGGCUGGGUCUGUGAGGAGGCCCUGCAGACCCCGGUGCCAGCCUUCGAGGGCCACUCCUUCCUGGCCUUCCCUACCCUCCGUGCCUACCACACACUGCGCCUGGCACUGGAAUUCCGGGCACUGGAGCCGCAGGGGCUGCUGCUGUACAACGGCAACGCACGGGGCAAGGAUUUUCUGGCACUGACACUGCAGGGAGGCCACGUGCAGCUCAGGUUUGACACAGGUUCGGGGCCUGCAGUGCUGACUAGUGCAGUGCCCAUAGAGCCUGGCCGUUGGCACCGCCUAGAGCUGUCACGGCAUUGGCGCCGGGGUACACUCUCAGUGGAUGGUGAGACGCCUGUUCUGGGUGAGAGCCCCAGAGGCACUGAUGGCCUCAACCUGGACACAGACCUGUUUGUGGGCGGCGUCCCAGAAAAUCAGGCUGCCGUGGUGCUCGAACGGACAGCCAUUGGCGUUGGCCUGAGGGGCUGCAUCCGCCUGCUAGAUGUCAACAACCAGCGGUUGGAGCUCAGCAGCUGGCAGGGGGCUGUGACUCAAAGCUCCCGUGUGGGCGAGUGUGGAGACCACCCCUGCCUGCCCAGCCCCUGCCAUGGCGGGGCCCCAUGCCAGGCCCUGGAGGCUGGCAUGUUCCACUGUCAGUGCCCACCUGACCACUUUGGCCCAACCUGCACCCAUGAGAAGAGUCCCUGUCAGCCAAACCCCUGCCAUGGGGCUGCCCCCUGCCACGUGCUACCCGAGGGUAGGGCUAAGUGCGAGUGCCCCUUGGGACGUGGGGGUGCUCUCUGCCAGACAGUGUUGGAACCGGACAACACUCGGCCUUUCCUGGCUGACUUCAGUGGCUUCUCCUACCUGGAGCUGAAAGGCUUGCACACCUUUGGGCGGGACCUAGGGGAGAAGAUGGAGCUGGAGGUGGUGUUUCUGGCCCGUGGCCCCAGCGGCUUGCUCCUCUACAACGGCCAGAAGACAGAUGGCAAGGGGGACUUUGUGUCACUGGCACUACACAACCACCACUUGGAGUUCCGUUAUGACCUGGGCAAGGGGGCAGCAAUCAUCAGGAGCAAGGAGCCAGUCACCCUGAACACCUGGACCCGGGUCUCCCUGGAGCGAAAUGGCCGCAAGGGCUCCAUGCGUGUUGGUGAUGGCCCCCGAGUACUGGGGGAGUCCCCGAAAUCCCGCAAGGUUCCACACACCAUCCUCAACCUGAAGGAGCCACUCUACAUUGGGGGGGCCCCUGACUUCAGCAAGCUGGCCCGGGCAGCUGAGGUGUCUUCCGGCUUUGAUGGUGCCAUCCAAUUGGUCUCCCUGAAAGGCCAACAGCUGCUGACCCAGGAGCAUGUGUUGCAAGCAGUGGACAUCUCAUCCUUUGCAGACCACCCUUGCACUUCGGCCUCAGGCCACCCCUGCCUCAAUGGUGCCUCCUGUGUGCCCAAGGAGGCCAUGUAUGUGUGCCUCUGCCCCGGGGGCUUCUCAGGGCUGCACUGUGAGAAUGGGCUGAUUGAGAAGGCGGCAGGGGACCUGGACACGUUGGCCUUUGAUGGGCAGACCUACAUUGAGUACCUCAGUGGUGUGACUGAGAGCGAACUAACCAAUGAGAUCCCAGCCCCUGAAACUCCAGAUUCUGGGGCUUCUCACAGUGAGAAGGCGCUGCAGAGCAACCACUUCGAAUUGAGUUUGCGUACCGAGGCCACACAGGGGCUGGUGCUGUGGAGUGGCAAGGCCAUGGAGCGGGCAGACUACAUGGCACUGGCCAUCGUUGAUGGGCACCUGCAGCUGACCUAUGACCUGGGCUCCCAGCCCGUGGUGCUGCGAUCCUCCGUGCCAGUCAACACCAACCGCUGGCUGCGGGUCAGGGCACACAGGGAGCAGAGAGAAGGCUCCCUUCAAGUUGGCAACGAGGCCCCUGUGACUGGUUCCUCCCCACUGGGCGCCACACAGCUGGACACAGAUGGAACCCUGUGGCUUGGGGGUCUACAGAAGCUGCCUGCCGGCCAGGCACUACCCAAAGCCUAUAGCACAGGCUUUGUGGGUUGCCUGCAGGAUGUGGUCGUGGGCCAGCGCCCACUGCGCCUGCUGGAGGACGCUGUUACCAAGCCCAAGCUGCAGCCCUGCCCUGCUCUAUGAGCUGGCAUCUGAGCCCACCACCCACCCUGCUGUAAUUAUUUUCUAUUUUUGUAAACUUUUUGCUUUUUGAUAAUGGUUUUCUUGCCUGCUUGUUGGCCGGAGGGACUGCUGGCCCGGCCCCACUUCCGUCCAGGCAGCCGUGCUGCAGAGACAAACCCAUGCCGAGGGACUGUGGGGCACCAUGACAGCAUGAAGGGCUUGGCUUGAUGGCAGCCUCAGGAUGAAGCCCCUCUGCCUCAGGGUGUCACACCUCAGGCCUCAUACUGUGCCCCCAUGUGUCCACCAUGUGCUCCUCUCGUGUCCCCUGGCCUGUGUCCCAGAGCAGAAAGGAACUGCCAAGGUUGAGGGGGCACCCCAUGCAAUCCCCAUAGGGCCUUUCUGAGUUUCCAUUUAAGCUGCCCCUUCCUGUGUGUGCUGUGGGCUGUGUCCAGCCUCACUGGGGCUGGCCUGGACCUCCUGUGCCAAUCCUGUGAUUUAGAAACACUGUUACUCAUGGGACCACAUUUACCUCCUCCCCCCCAGCUGAGUCCCCCAUUUCUAAGGUGCUGGGGAGCAGAGGCCAGACCCAGGCCCCUCUGGGGCUUCUUCUCAGCUGGCCCUGUCCAUCUACCCAGCCACCUUGGAUGUGGCCAUGCCCCAGUUCCUGGGAGGAGCCUCCAGAGGGUCAAGGUAUUGCAGUGAAAUGGCUCUGUUGUCUACCUGCCUGCCUUAGUGUCCUGGCCUACCAACCACAUUUUUCAUGCACUGAUUUUAUUUGAUUCCUGGAGUUGGGUGCUCCCAUCCUUCUUGCCCUGGCUUGACACCAUCACUGCAGCUCCAGUGUGAGAGACAGUGGUCUGGCAUCUGAGAUGGAUCAGGGGCUGGCCUAGCAUCUGACCAAGGCCAAAGAGCAGGUGCAAGGGCAAUAGAGAUGGCUCUGAAGCCAGAAAUGCCUUAAACUGCAAUGUCCCAUGCUGUCCCCACCCUCAAUCCCCUGCCCAAUCCUGGGAGCUACACUAGAUAAAGCUGGUGGAGUGGCAGCCCAGACUCUCAGUGGAGCUGGUGUGGGGGCCAGAGGGAGCCUGUGGCACCAUGUAACUAACUCCAGUAUGUGUGUGUCAAUCACCAUGAAAUAAAGUCUUAAACUUUAAA